CGACAACCAUCGCUGCCGUCUCCUCGACCGUCACGUCGACGUAGCAUGCUUUGUUGAUAUUUAUUAUCGUUUGCAAUCCAGUUUGGAUAUACCCGCAAUGGACAGUGUGAACGAAAAUCAGACUUUCGCGAAGCCUUCGGGCCUGAAACCACCUUCAAAGCUUCCGUCGCUGUUCAAGGAAGAUCCUACGUCACCCACCAGUAUCCCACGCCCGACCGGCCUCAGCGAAUUGACCGACGCCAUGCAAAACAGCCGCGGCGCGAUGGGCCCUCCGUCCUACGGAAGCAUAAAACACAAACCCAGCGGCCUUCCGGAACCGGAAUCGAAGCAACGGAAGACACUCGCUGAACGCGCAGUCGAGCCAUUUGGUUCCAGGAUUGCAGCGCCCCAAUCUUCGCGUCCGAUCAACAAUGCAGUCAAGAACGCCGUCAGCAACGGCAGCCGCGGAUUCUCCAACUCACUUUCAAGGUCUACUUCAACCCGAGCACCGAAGCACAAAACCACGAUUUCAAGCAGCAGCGUUGGCCACAACUCAAGACCCGUCAGUGCGCAGCCCGCGAGACCAAAAUCUUCUUACGGCAGUCACAACCGUAGCCGAUCCCAAUACCAGCGUCCUGCGACUUCAAUGGCGCAGCACGAUCCGGAACCUGAACCCCAAGUUUUCGACGAUACCCGCGUCGCAUCGCUCGAGGCUCAGUUUGCAGCAUGGAAGGAACAAAUGGAGGCGGAUAUGGAUAAGCAGUCCAAAGUACAGGAGAGUAUUGACCUUUAUAAGACCAAAAAUGCUGCAUUGGAGGACAGCUGCACUGAAUACAAGAGGCUGCUCGAGGAAUACAAAACUAACAUUGCUGAUCUGAAAAGCCUCAACUCGACAAUUUCCAUGGAAUUGGAGAACGUGAAGCGGAGUCACUCAUACGAAGUUGAUGACCUCCGAAGAAAGUACCAAAACGACAUGCAGGAUGCAUUCGAUCGAAGGAAGAGAGAUCUCGAGCGUGCGCGAGACGAAAACAAGGAUCUUGCCGAGAAGAUUGAAAGAGAACUCAAAGCCGAGAUUGAGAAGCUUCUCAAAUCGCACAAGGAAGAAUUGGAAGCCUUGGAGAGAAGGCUAAAGGCCGAGCUAGAAGAAGAGCGAGGCAAGAGGCAACGAGAGCAGCAAGACGUGCAGAAAGAGUUCGACUCGGAGCUGAGAAACGCGCGCCUGGAAGCUGAUACCAAAGAACGCGAGAACCAAUUGCUGCAAGGCGAGUUGACCAACAUCAAAGCCGAGCUCGACCGGGAGAGAUUAUUGAAGAACGCGCUGCAAGGCCAGCUCACAGACGCGACCACCAUCAACCUCAGGCUCGAAGCGUCCAAUAAGGCGAUGAAGGAGAAGAUCGACUUCCUGGAGUCGGAUAGCCAAGCGCAAUCAUCAGCUUUCAACGAGUUGCACCGUCGAAUGGAAGAAGCAUUCGCUGUCGCCGAGGCAGCUCAAGAGAAACUCCGUCAAGAAGAGACACUGCGUCGCAAGCUCCACAACCAAGUCCAGGAGCUAAAAGGCAACAUCAGAGUGAUGUGCCGUGUACGCCCCGCCCACGAUUCCGAGACUGAUCCCGCGAAGAUCGGUUUCCCUGAUGCGGACACCGACAGUAAAGAGGUCGCAGUGCAAGGCCCUGAAAAAAUUAGCGCAAUGGGCACGAACAUCACGCAGACCUACUCCUAUGCAUUCGACCGUGUAUUUAGCCCCGGAUCACAGAAUGCAGAAGUCUUCGAAGAGAUUAGCCAGCUAGUGCAAAGCGCACUAGACGGCUACAAUGUUUGCAUCUUCUGUUACGGACAAACAGGUUCUGGAAAGACAUUCACCAUGUCAUCUGCCGACGGCAUGAUCCCGCGCGCCACUGCUCAAAUCUAUGCUGAAGCUACGCGGUUGCAAGAGAAGGGCUGGCAGUACAAGAUGGAAGGGUCCUUCGUCGAAGUCUACAACGAAACCUACAACGAUCUGCUUGGCCGCUCCGAAGAUCUCGACAAGAAGAAGAUUGAAGUGCGUCACGACCCCACAAAGAAGCAGACUACGCUGGAAAACGCGGUAGCCGUGGCUCUGGAUGGACCGGACCGGGUGGAAGAAAUCCUGCAGAGAGCCGAUAAGAACAGAACGGUAGCCGCAACGAAGGCGAACAUGCGAUCUUCACGCUCGCACUCAGUCUUCAUUUUGAAGCUUGUAGGCGAGAACAGCGUCACAGGCGAACGCAGCGAAGGCACGCUGAACCUCGUCGAUCUCGCUGGUUCCGAACGCCUGGACCACAGCAAAGCCGAAGGCGCACGCCUCAAGGAGACGCAAAACAUUAACAAGAGUCUGAGCUGUCUUGGCGACGUGAUCAAUGCGCUGGGCUCGUCGAAAGAGAACUCGCAUAUCCCGUACCGGAACUCAAGGCUUACGUAUCUCCUGCAAUACUCGCUCGGCGGUAACAGCAAGACGCUCAUGUUCGUCAUGGUGUCCCCGCUGCAGGCGCAUCUCCAGGAGACGAUUACGAGUCUUAAAUUCGCGACUAAGGUGCACAACACGCACAUUGGCACGGCGAAGAAGCAGACGAAGGCGAGCGGGUAGAGCACCGUACAUCGUUUGUGCCUGGAAUUGGCGUUGACGUGUUGGUCUGGUGGAUACUGGUGAUGGAUUGAUUUACUGCGUUGCCGCGACUGUAUGAAGUGUUCAGGUCGCCGCAUGGUUUAGUCCGAGAUGGCUUGCAGGGCGGCAUGGUGUAUUGGCGUUUGUGUAGCGUUUUCCCUAAGAGGCAUGAUUGAGAUUGGGGUGCUGGAAUUCCUUCGAGAUGGACUUUACAGUACUGUUCUGUCCUACUUUUCGAGCGCACUUGGCCUGUGAAGGACGUGAUUUGAUUUGUGACGUG